CUGAGAGAAAUGUAUUCUGUUCUAAACAGAAGAGUAUCUUUCUCUCUUCUAAUAGUGAUCAUUGUGAUGUUCUCUUCGUACAAAGCUGAUUCCAAAUGUGAAUUCAAGGCAGUUUUCAAUUUCGGAGACUCAAAUUCUGACACUGGAGGAUUUUGGGCUGCUUUUCCGGCUCAAUCCGGCCCAUGGGGGAUGACUUAUUUCAAGAAACCGGUCGGUCGUGCUUCAGACGGUCGUCUCAUCAUUGAUUUUUUAGCGGAAUCUCUUGGAAUGCCUUUCCUUAGCCCAUACUUGCAAUCAAUUGGAUCCGAUUUUCGACACGGUGCAAACUUUGCGACCUUAGCAUCGACCGUUCUUUUGCCAAACACGUCCUUGUUCGUGUCCGGAAUCAGUCCUUUCUCACUCGCCAUUCAGCUAAAUCAGAUGAAAGAUUUCAAGGUUAGAGUCGACGAGUUCCAUUCCUCGCAGCAACCAGGGUUGCAUAUCUUACCGCCCAGCAAUAUUUUCGGAAAAUCGCUGUAUACGUUUUAUAUCGGCCAAAACGAUUUCACAUCGAAUUUAGCUUCCAUUGGAGUGGAUGGUGUAAAACAGUAUCUUCCUCAAGUCAUUGGCCAAAUUGCUGGAACGAUUAAGGAGAUAUAUGGAAUAGGUGGUCGGACAUUUUUGGUAUUGAAUUUAGCACCGGUUGGAUGUUACCCGGCGAUUUUAACCGGUUACCCUCAUACUAUGUCGGAUUUGGACAAGUUCGGAUGUCUCAUUCCCGUAAACAACGCCGUCAAAUAUUACAACAUGUUAUUGGACAAGGCAUUAUCCGAGACAAGAACUGUACUGAAAAACGCUACCGUUAUAUACUUGGACACUCACAAGAUACUGCUCGACCUCUUUCAACACCCCAAAUCCUAUGGUAUGAAAUACGGCAUUAAAGCUUGUUGUGGAUACGGUGGACGUUCGUACAACUUCAAUCAGAAGUUAUUUUGCGGCACCACAAAAAUAAUCGGAAAUUCUUCUGCGACGGCCAAGGCUUGCCGUGAUCCAAAAAACUACGUGAGUUGGGACGGAAUUCAUGCUACGGAGGCUGCAAACCGCCGCAUUUCGACGGCCAUUCUCGAUGGCUCGAUAUCAUAUCCUCCGUUUGCGCUAAACCACCUAUGCCCGUCUGUUUAAUAAUCGUAUUCUUUUGUCUUAUACAAUUUUCACAUGUACGUGCUUUUGGCUUUAAAGCUAGUUUACAUAAUAAGGCAUGAACAGUACUAUUUCAAAUCAAUAUUGUAUAGUGCGAUCUCCUAACAUC